AUGAAAAUCACGCGCGUUAUGCAAUCUGUCAUGAUAAAAGACUCUGUUGAAGCGUACCAGUACAAACGUUUAGAACAUAUUCGUCGUUGGCAAAUCCAUUCCGGAAACAACCACAUCUGUUUCAAUGGACACUGCAUCACUGGAAAAAACCUUUCCGGUGCAAUCUUUCUCAUCAGUGUAAUCUCAUUAACAACUAUUUUCUGGUUCAUCUUUGAACUGCCGGUGUUAAUGAAAGAACUCCAUUAUAAACGAUUUAUUCUUCUCGUUGGACUACUUUACCUUUUCUAUACAUACAUCUAUUUCUUUCGAUCGAUGUGCACUGAUCCAGGUAUCAUUCAACGUCCGUCUUUACUAGAACGUACAAUUAUGAACCAGCAGUUUCAUUUCGAUCAAAUGACAUCCGAUCAAUUGAAUAACCUCAGAUAUGAUAUUCAAGUGAAUGAUGCUGUAAUCAAAUGCAAAUAUUGUAUUACAUGCCAGAUGAUUCGAUCACCUCGUUCAUCGCAUUGUCCGAUAUGUUCGAAUUGUGUGACAAUACUCGAUCAUCACUGUCCAUUUUUGAGUACAUGUAUCGGAAUGAGAAAUUACCGAUUUUUUAUCAUAUUUCUUAUUUGUCUGUUGCAAACAGAUCUAUUCUAUUUCAUCACAACUUUAACCAAAAUACUGAUUUCCAAUGAUCAUCCAACAUUCCUCAUGUCAAUUCCAACCUAUUUUAUACUAAUUAUUACAGGCCCUGGUGCCCUUUACAUAUGCAAUCUGUUGGGAUAUCAUUGCAUGAUAUCAAGUCGUGCAUUAACAACCCGAGAAGAUGAUAAAAAUCUCUAUACAAAUUCGAACCCAUUUUAUGCACAUCGUUGGUAUCUCAACUUAGCGAGAAAACUUUGUACUUCACUGCCCCCGAGCGCAUAUGGAGCUCAUCGUUUAAUAUAUCAAACAGAGUUUCGAUUGAUCAAAGAGACUGUUUAA